CACGCCGUCGGCGCUAUAGCAACCGUAGCGAGCGACGGACUGAGUCUGGCUAGAGAGUAGCAGUUGCUAUAAAAGGAAGAAACAGAAGAAAUUGGCAGGAAGAGCAACAUAGGAUGGUCAGGGAAAACCUCUUGGAGGAAAUGACAUUUGAGCUGAGCUCUACAGAAUGAGCUAAUGCAAAGGCCUUGAGCAAGACGAGGAUAUGGUGAAGCUGAGGAAGAUAGGCCAUGUCUGGUCCAGCUGAUGAGACUGCAGGAGACUUGCCUGUGAAAGAUACAGGUCUAAACCCCUUUGGAAUGGGAGGCUUACAAGAAACUUCAACACGGACAAUGAAGUCUCGCCAGGCAGUGUCUCGUGUCAGUCGUGAGGAACUGGAAGACAGAUUUUUGCGUUUGCAUGAUGAGAACAUUUUACUUAAACAGCAUGCCCGCAAGCAAGAGGAUAAAAUUAAAAGAAUGGCCACCAAGUUAAUACGGCUAGUUAAUGACAAGAAAAGAUAUGAGCGGGUUGGUGGCGGCCCCAAGCGGCUGGGACGAGAUGUGGAAAUGGAAGAAAUGAUUGAGCAGCUGCAAGAGAAAGUUCAUGAGCUGGAAAGACAAAACGAAGGCCUCAAAAACAGAUUAAUUUCUGCCAAACAGCAGCUUCAAAUCCAGGGUUUCAGGCAAACUCCCUACAAUUAUGUACAAUCCCGUGUUAACACUGGGCGUAGAAAAGCGAAUGAAAAUACAGGUUUACAAGAGUGCCCCAGGAAAGGUAUAAGAUUCCAAGAUGUAGACAUAGCAGAAACACUACAACCCAUGCUCACAAAAUACAACAGCAGUUUGCUGGAAGAAGCCAGAGGAGAAAUAAGAAAUUUAGAAAAUGUUAUUCAGUCACAGAGAGGCCAGAUAGAAGAGUUGGAACACUUGGCCGAGAUCCUGAAAACUCAAUUGAGGAGAAAAGAAAAUGAAGUGGAGUUCUCUCUUGUUCAGCUUAGAGAACAGCAGGCUACAGAUCAAAGAUCAAAUAUUCGGGACAAUGUAGAACUGAUUAAGCUUCAUAAACAGCUAGUGGAAAAAAGCAAUGCUCUUUCAGUAAUGGAAGGAAAAUUUAUUCAGCUUCAAGAGAAGCAGAGAACUCUCAGGAUCAGCCAUGAUGCCUUGGUGGCAAACGGAGAUGAGUUAAAUAUGCAACUUAAAGAGCAGCGUUUAAAAUGCUGCAAUCUUGAGAAACAACUACAUUCCAUGACAUUUUCUGAAAGAAGAAUAGAAGAGCUGCAGGAUAGAAUUAGUGAUUUAGAAAAGGAACGGGAACUUUUAAAGGAGAACUAUGAUAAGCUGUAUGACAGUGCCUUCAGUGCUACCCAUGAGGAGCAAUGGAAGUUAAAGGAACAGCAGCUGAAAGUACAGAUCGCUCAGCUGGAGACUGCCUUGAAAUCUGAUUUAACAGACAGAAAUGAAAUCCUCGACAGAGUAAAAACCGAAAGAGACCAAAAUGAGAAACUCAUUCAAGAGAAUAGAGAACUACAGUUACAGUAUCUGGAGCAAAAGCAACAACUUGAUGAACUUAAAAACCGCAUGAAGUUUUACAACCAGGAGAGCGGUAUUAAUGCUGAUGAAUUGAGUGAAGCUCUCCUGCUUAUAAAGGCUCAAAAGGAACAAAAGAGUGGAGACCUUUCCUUUUUAGAGAAAGUAGACAGUAAAACUAAUAAAGAUCUAGAACGCUCCAUGAGAGAGCUACAAGCAACUCAUGCAGAAACAGUGCAAGAACUUGAAAAGACAAGAAACAUGCUAAUUAUGCAACAUAAAAUUAAUAAAGACUAUCAGAUGGAGGUUGAAGCCGUUACCCAUAAGAUGGAAAAUUUGCAGCAAGAUUAUGAACUCAAAGUGGAGCAAUAUGUUCAUCUUCUUGACAUCAGGGCUGCGCGCAUCCAGAAACUAGAAGCCCAAUUAAAGGAUAUUGCCUAUGGCACCAAGCAGUACAAAUUUAAACCAGAAAUCGUGCCAGAUGACUCAGUAGAUGAAUUUGAUGAAACCAUCCACUUAGAACGAGGCGAAAAUCUAUUUGAAAUUCAUAUCAGCAAAGUAACCUUUUCUUCUGAAGUUUUACAGGCAUCUGGAGAUAAAGAGCCUGUCACUUUUUGUACCUAUGCUUUCUAUGAUUUUGAGCUCCAGACAACUCCCAUAGUGCGAGGCCUUCACCCAGAAUAUAACUUUACUUCUCAGUAUCUUGUUCAUGUUAACGACUUAUUUUUGCAAUAUAUUCAGAAGACUACUAUCACUCUUGAGGUCUACCAAGCUUACAGCACAGAUUAUGAAACAAUUGCAACAUGUCAAUUAAGAUUUCAUGAAAUUCUAGAAAAAAGUGGUCGAAUAUUUUGUACAGCAAGUUUGGUUGGAACUAAAGGAGACAUCCCAGAUUUUGGCAUAGUGGAAUAUUGGUUCCGAUUAAGAGUUCCCAUGGAUCAAGCAAUCCGACUCUAUCGCGAACGGGCAAAGGCAUUGGGAUAUAUAACAUCAAAUGUUAAGUUAAGUCAGCAAGCACCCAAAACUGCUCAACCCAGUUCUACAGACACAGAUGGCAACUUAAAUGAACUUCACAUUACAAUAAGAUGUUGCAACCACCUGCAGUCCCGUGCAAGUCACCUGCAGCCACACCCAUAUGUUGUGUACAAGUUUUUUGAUUUUGCAGAUCAUGAUACAGCCAUCAUUCCCAGCAGCAAUGAUCCACAGUUUGAUGAUCAUAUGUGUUUCCCAGUGCCAAUGAAUAUGGAUUUGGAUCGAUACCUUAAGUCAGAGUCUCUGAGUUUUUAUGUUUUUGAUGAUAGUGAUACCCAAGAGAGUCUUUACAUAGGAAAAGUCAACGUGCCUCUCAUUUCAUUGGCACAUGACAGGUGUAUCUCAGGCAUAUUUGAGUUAACAGAUCAUCAGAAGCACCCUGCAGGGACCAUCGAUGUUAUACUGAAGUGGAAAUUUGCUUACCUGCCACCAAGCGGAUCCAUCACAACUGAAGACUUAGGAGAUUUCAUACACAGAGAAGAGCCAGAAGUUACUGAAAGACCACCUCCAACAUCCUCUGUUAGCACGUUAGUUGUAACACCAAGACCUAAACCAAGGCAACGUAUAACCCCUGUAGAUAAGAAGGUGUCUUUUGUGGACAUCACACCACAUCAGAGAGAUGAGACUUCUACUCCUUCUGAAGAUCUGAAGGAAAUUUCACCAGAAAUGGAGCAUACACCAGAAAUAGAAAUGAAUAUGCCUACUGUUUCAGAUAUUCCCAAGAUUUCACACGAAAGCAGUGUAGAGAAAGCCAAAGAGAGCGCUGAGAAAAUGCAGCAGGAAAAAGAUGAUAUGUCUUUUCUGUCUGAAGGUCAGCUUGUAGAACAAAGCUUGUCUUCUUCCGAAAAUGAAACAGAAGUAACGGAGGAAUUGGAACCAGAAGAUGGAGAGGACAGGUCAGCUUCUGACAGUGAUGAUUGUAUUAUUACCAGUCCUAUCGCCAAAAAUAUCAAACAGCCAUCAGAAAAAAUUCGGAUUGAGAUCAUAGCUCUGAGCCUUAAUGAUUCUCCAGUGAGCCUGGAUGACACGAUCCAGCGGCUGUUUGUUGAGUACCGAUUCUACAGUCUUCCUGCCGAAGAGACCCCUGUGUCUCUUCCCAAACCCAGGAGCGGGCAGUGGGUCUACUAUAACUUUAACAGUGUGAUCUACGUGGAUAAAGAAAACAACCAAGCAAAGAGAGACAUCUUAAAAGCUAUACUACAAAGACAAGAGCUGGCUAAUAAGAGCAUCCGCUUCACCGUGGUCAGUGACCCUCCGGAGGAUGAGCAGGAUCUGGAGUGUGAGGACAUUGGUGUUGCCCACGUUGACCUCGCUGACAUGUUUCAGAAAGGGAGAGACAUCAUUGAGCAAAAUAUCGAUGUUUUUGAUGUGCGAACAGACGGUAGAGGUAUUGGCAAGCUCAGGAUAACAGUGGAAGCUCUCCAGGCCCUACGGUCUGUCUACGAGGAGUACAGAGAUGACCUGGAGGCUUGAAAGGAACUGCUGCAGAGGGCUGUCCUACUCCUGAGUAAAUGCUCACAUGAAAGAUCCUCCAUGAUAUUUUUGUAAUUACUCUGGUGUAUAUAAUCUAUAAUUCAUGGGAAGGGGAAGACCUGGGUUUGAAGUGUUUUGAGUUUUGUAUACUUUUUCAUUUGUUUAUUUUUCUAUUCCCUCUUUCCCAUGACUGCCCCCCCUCAGGACUUAAGUUCUCCAUAAUGGGCAAUACCUUUUCAAUAAUUUAUACCUCCAUGAUAGCAUGAGAAAGUCUAUUUGCAUUUUCAACAUUUUCUUAGGAAGAACUGAAAUGCAAUUCCCAUUUUUAUUUUUAAUAAGCAAAAGCAUAAAUCUUAGAAAACCUAUGAAAAAGAAAUACUUUUAUGUUAUUCCUAAUCGUCCCACUAAAUGGAAUGCCUAUGAUUAGCCUCAUUAAGAGUUUUACACUGUAAAGAUUUUAUUAGAAGCAAUAUAUGAAAAUUACUUGGAUUAAUGUGUUAAUCUUCCUCUUUAAAAUGCUAAUAUCCAUUUUAUGCGCAUUAAAGCCCAGUAUGCAUUUUCUUUGAUGCAUGCAGUUUCUAUCAAUUAAAUAUAAAGGAUGAGACUUAGCCCCAACUUAGUAAAUUACUGCAAGUUUUUUGUUUUUCUCUCUUAAAAAUUGCAGUUCUUUCUGUUCUGUGCUGGUGAUAUACAAUCCAGGGUUGGAUGUAUACUGUCCAGGGGACAGAUAGAUACGAACAUAUAUAGUUACAAAUAUACAUGGACAGAUGUGACAUUUAUACUUUAAAAACUUAGUUUUUGACAUAUAAAGAAAUUUCUUAAAGUAUGACUCAAAUUCUAAUAUGCUUAGACCUGAAAGGAGUAUCUUUUUAUCAUUUCUUAAAUUUACAUCAAGUCAAUACAGUGCUGGGGUGUAUCUGGAUAACCAGAUCCUCGAAAAGCAGCUCAGAAAGUUAAUUUUCUAGCUUUUACCCAAUCUCACUGAAGGAUUUAAUUGAUAUUUUUAAUGGAGCUGUGAAUCAGUGCUGCAAAGGAAUUGUCUCUAGAGGUCUAGGAUAUAAUGCAUUUCAUUUUUUAAUUUACUUUUUUAUUUGUCAUUUUCUUCAAAGGAUUUUUAUAGGCUGUGGGUUUUCACUGUUUGCAAACAGGCUAUGUUCCUUCUUAAGCAUAUGUAAAGUAUUCAGGGAGAUAAGUAAUUUAUUAAAAUCUACCUAAUUUGCCGUGAUAUAUUAAAUCUCUGCUUCAGUGAUCACAGACCAUUUCAUUUAGAGAAUUAGGCAUUCCCUCUUUGUGUGAUUAAAGCUCUGGAAAAUGAGUUCUUUGCUCCUAUUUGUGAACAUUCAAAGCCUGCUAAUGGCAAGAAGAUGGAAUAGAUUAUGAGACAAUUCAUUACAGUUGAACAGAAAAAAAAAAGCAGCUAUAAUGCAAAAAUGCAAGUAUGAAUAUCCGCAUAUAGUUUGAACCAUCUGUGCUCUAAUGGCUUCAAUAAUGACUCUCGUCUUUGGGAGACUUUGAAAUGACAUCCGUACAAUAUUAAUUUGUUGAUGUACAUUGUGGGACCAGUAGAGUAUGAUCUGACCACAGAAAUCUGUAAAGUCUGUCUAUACCAUUGGGCCUCUCUGUCCAGGGGCCUGCCAUCUCCAAGAAUAAUCUUGCUCUCAUCAAACUCUGCAAAUCUGCACAACAACUCAUUCCUCUGGAACCUUCUAGAGACCACAAACAUCUGCAGACUAAACCUCUCCAAUCCUAGUAAACAACCACAUGUUUGUUGUCACUUCAGCUGGCUCUGAGCUCAUCUUUUUGGCCUCUCUUUCUAGCUUUCUUUGGCUUUAUGCAGAACAGUGUCCUUAAGGCCCAUAAUAUUCCCUGUAGUAAUUCAAAACAGCCAGAUUUUACCCUGGGAUUAACUGAGUGGUUUUUGAGACAUUUAUUGUGGUAUUCUCCCAGGAGGUUUGUAUUAUUGUUUUAAAACAUUACAUCCCAAACUAAAUACCCCUUCUGCAAGGAGAAGAACCAAAUUAUAUUGACGUCUUAGAAUUUUUAAGUGGAGAGGAGUUUUUUAUUAGAAAACUGGGAUCCAGUCACCUGCAUGGAAGGUAUAACUCAGAUAAGAUUAGAGAAACAGCUGUGCUUCUGUCACAUUCAUGUUUGCUAUAAUAUAAUAUUAAAGAGUCCUUUUCUAAUUUGAAAAU